GAAAGCUUUUCAUAUCUAGGGGCUUAUUGUUUUUAAAAGCUUGGUAAUAUGUUUGAAAUGAUUAUAUAACUUAGGAUAAAUUAUCUACUUUUGAGUUUAUUAUAUCAAAAAAUAUUUGGUUUGAUUCAAAAUAUUCGACAGCACUAUCUCGAACAUUAGGUUAAUUAAUUAAUUCAUCAAUAUCUUCUUUUUUUUAUGGAAUUUCGCUGAUUUAAUAGUGUGGGAAUUUUUUUUAAUGAUAUUAAAGAAUACACCUUCCGAAUAAUUUAGGAUGAUUUUUUA